UUCGCUCAAAAGCUUCAAAAUAAAAAAAAAAAAAAUAUAAAAAAAAUCAAGUUUUUCAAAAUGCUUUUCGAUCCUAAAAUAUCAAAUUCCAAGGACUCAAUUGAAAAUGAAAUCAUAGAAAUACAUUCAAAUUCAUCACAAGCAAGUCGUACUUCACGUAUUCCAAUACUCUCGUCUUGCUUUCGUUCAUCAAACAGCUCCUUGGAAUCUUUGGAAAUCGAAGAUCAACCAAAAACAUCUUUACUAAAGAAUUCAAACACAAGUCUCGCAUCUUCCAUUAUACCAUCUUGCCUCAAGUCAUCUAAUUCAACCUAUACUUUAGCUCUGGAAAAAGAAUACGAAUCCCUUCAAGGUGCCUUUUUCGCUCUAACUUCACAUUUUGCUAAAGUUCAAUUCCGAUUGAGGCAAAUAAUCCAAGCGAAACCUUGUGAACGAGAUUGUCUUCUAGCCGAAUUAACUGAAGUUGCAUUUUGUGGAAUUGAUGAAAUUAAAUUUAACAAUAUGCCACAAAUGGAAAAGGAUCUGGAGUAUAUGGGUAAUGUUCGAAGGCGUCAAGGAUAUUUAAUUGAUCGAUUGCGUGAACAAUUGGAAUAUCUUUCUGAGCAAAGAAAUUGUGAUGGGAACAGGGAGGAAAAUCGAAAGAAAUCGGUUAGGAUUGACGAAAAUGCCAAGAAGUAAACGAUUAUAUUUAUUUAAUUGAUUUUAUGAAUAAAGAAAAUGGAAAAACUUAAA